GCGCUUCGCAUGUCCGGCAUCGAGCCGGCGCACCCCGCGAUCCCAAACGCUGCCGCUCUCAAUGACGGUCUCCUUAGGGCGACCCAGAGAGCAGCCCGUGCAGCUGAAACGGGAAAUGCAGCUGCGAGCGCAGAAGAGGCCUCCGGUGCCGAUGCACCGACGGAUGCCCCUUCUGAGACCGCGGACGAAAACGCGCGUCUUGAUGCUCGCGAGGCUGAACUCCUCGCUGAGGCAGAAGGUCAUCCUCCUGCCGAGGUUGAGGCAGUUCCGCAGCCAGCUGCUGCGAGUGGCGCUGCUCCGAGUGCCCCGCCCGCCAAGGCGCCCCCGCCCCACCUGCGGGGCACCACGGCCGGCGAAGAAGCCCAGGAAGGGCGCGGCGCACGAGCGCCCUGCGACGAAGCAGGCGAUGGCCCUGUUUCAGGGCCGCUCGUCGCAGGAGGCGCCACAGUCGCGACCGUUGUCGCGUUGCUAGACGCGUACCAUAUGGUGCCACGCCCAAGAGGAGCCGUGGCCAUUGCCACGUUGAUCCUAGCGGCCACUGCUGCAGCCUUGGUGGGUGUGCGGUGGGCAACGCUGCUGCAGCCGCUCUUCAAUCCGCCGACGCCGCGCAGCCUCCUACUGCCGCUGAUGCCUGGAGGAGAUUUAGUGAGGGAUGAGCGGAGGGAGAGUGCUGCAUAUGUGCGGUCCUUGGUGGACCAAGCACAGGAACAGGCGGCUGACGGGCGUGUAACGCCGUUAGCCAUCCUAGAUGCCGCGCCCCCGGCGCGAGGUGGAGAUGCGAACGUCGCCCUCCACCCGGUUAUGCUCACCGCGUUCACCUAUGACGAUCCAGAGCUCACGUCUGCCGCAACCGCAGCUAA